UCGCGAGAUCCGAUUUGAAAUUUCGGGCGGUUGUUGGCGGCUCGCGCUGAAUUUGAAUCGUUUGAAAACAGAAAUUCUGAAUCUGACGAUUCUUUUAUAUAAAUGGGGACACAAAAAGAUCAACUGCUUCAAAUACAACAAGCCUUUGAAAAGGCUCAGAAGGGACAUCAAAACCUGGCAAAGCUGGUGACAGGUCUUAAACAAAUAUAUAAUAAGUUGCAGGAUGAAGAUAAAAAUACAUUUCAUGAAGAAUUUAUCAAAUUGUUGAAGUAUCCCAUGACCAUUUAUAAGCGAGAGCCAGCAGUAGAAAGGAUGAUUGAGUUUGUUGCAAAAUUUGCUACUUCGUUUGAAGAACCAGUAGAUGAGGAAAGUGAAGAUGAAGAAAAUUGUUUCAUGCUGUUCUUAUUUCACUUUCUGCUUAAGUCUCACGGUGCAUGUAGCCAUUCUGUUCGAUUCCGUGCCUGCCAGCUAAUCAACAAACUUCUGGGUAGCAUGUCAGAAAAUGCACAGAUUGAUGAUGAGCUAUAUGACCGGAUAUAUGAAGCCAUGCUGGUGAGAAUAAAGGACAAGUUUCCAAAUGUGCGAAUACAGGCUGUGCUUGCCUUGUCCCGACUUCAAGACCCCACUGAUGAAAAUUGCCCAGUCAUUGAUGCUUACUUGCGUUUAAUUGAAUGUGACACCAAUCCAGAGGUGAGACGAGCAGUAUUGUCCUGUAUAGGGCCGUCAGCGAAAACUCUUCCCAAGAUAAUUGGGCGUACUAUGGAUGUUAAAGAGAAUGUCAGAAAGUUAGCCUUUGAGGUUUUAGCAGAAAAGAUACAUAUAAAAGCAUUUUCCAUUGCACAGAGGGUGAUCCUUCUUACGCAAGGCUUGACUGACCGUUCAGAUUCUGUAAAAGAAGUGGUACAGAAAAAGUUGUUGCAAGCUUGGCUUCGCGUAAUGGAGGGCAAUGUUUUAGACUUGCUUCAUCGUUUGGAUGUGGAAAAUUGUGUUACUGUGGCCGAAUCUGCACUUAACGCCUUGUUUGCCCAAACCCCUGUUGAAGACCUGGUUGAAAACUGUCAAAAUCUAAAUAAUGGAAAGGUGAUAUCAGUUGAAAAUCUAACUUGUGAGAAUGCUCUGUACUGGAGAUGUCUCUGCAAAUACAUAAAAUCAAUGGGAGAUGAAAGGGAAGAAGCCUUGGAAAAACUUUUACCGGAAACAGCCAUUUAUGCUGAAUAUCUCUUGAGUUACUUGAAAAACCUUCCUAUUCUGAAAGAAUCACAGAGAGCUGACUUUACGCAAAUUGAGGAAGUAAUGAAGAAAGAAUUCAUAGGCCAGCAGCUGGUCAUUCUUGUUGGUUGCCUGGAUAUGUCAGAAGAGGGUGGCAGGAAGUGCUUGGUCUCAGUGUUGCAAGAAAUUCUGAUCUUGCCCAACACUCCAAGUUCCCUUAUUGCAUUACUGAUGGAACAAUUGCUGUGCAUCCAGAAGGAUGAUGAACGAAGGAUUCGGCUGGUUGCAGAAAUAAUAUCAGAUGUCCGAGAGCCAAUUGUUCACGUUGAAGUACCAAAAAAUGCUGAUGAACAAAGGAAGAGACAAGUUGAGCUUGCCAGUAUCAAAGUUCGACUGAUUGAAGCAAAGCAAGCACUGGAGGAAAGUAUAGCUCGGCAGGACUUCAUUCAUGCUUCAGAACUGAAGCAGAAAAUUGAAGAAUUAGAAAAUUGCAAAAUUGAGAUGAUAAAAACAACUGAACAACCAGAAUUCAAAGAAGUUUGCACUGAAAAGGAUGAUCCUGAAACUAUGUUAAAAUGUCUGAUCAUGUGCUCUGAGCUUCUCAAACAGAUGGCUAUUACAAAGGGAAUGAGCCCAACUCUGAAUGGAAUAACAGAAGCUUUGAUACUACCAAGCAUUGCAAGUGUUAAUCCUGCAGUAAGAAACAUGGCAGUCUUGUGUUUGGGUUCAUCUGCAUUGCACAACAAAGAUUUUGCGAUUCAGCAUCUGCCACUGUUGUUACAGAUUGCUCAACUUGAUAUGGUCAAUGUGAAAAUCAGUGCAUUGCGGGCAAUAUUUGACAUUCUGCAGGUGUUUGGGAUUGAGGCUUUUAAACCCAGUCCUCAUAAAUCCCAGGAAAUACAAAAUGAAGAAUUGGAGAGUGAGCUUGAGAAAUCAAAAGAUGAGGAACUAAAGGAGCCUGUUCUGGAAACUGAUACGGUCAACAGUAUCCUUACACUGCUGUUGGGAUACUUAGACAAUGAGAUAAUGGACCUCAGGACUGUAGCUGCUGAAGGCCUUGCUAAACUGCUUUUUUCUGGAAGACUUUCUAGUCCCAAAAUUCUUACCAGGCUUAUUUUGUUAUGGUACAAUCCUGUGACUGAAGAGGACACUUUCCUUCGACAUUGCCUAGGCGUUUUCUUUCCUCUGUAUGCAUUUAUGAACAGGAGAAAUCAAGAAUGUUUUCAGGAAGCGUUCCUGCCUACUUUGAGGACCCUGUUCCAUGCACCAGCUUCUUCUCCUUUAGCUGAAGUUAAUGCACUUAAUGUAGCAGAGCUUUUUGUGGAUUUGACCCGAGCCAGUGAAGUUAAUCACCAAAACAAACAGAUACAGGACUAUCAGAUGUUUACAGUGCAUGACAGCCUGGCUGUGAAGAUCUGCAAUGAAAUAUUGAAGGAUCCAGACUCACCAGACAUCCGUAUUUUGGUCAAAACUCUGGGAUUGCUUGAACUUUCUACAGGAACAUCACCGUGCACAGAAGAGUUGUGUGUUCUCCUAGAUAACAUUAAGGAAUUAAAAAACAAAGUAAAUCAGCGAGUCAUUGAGAAAAUUAUGAUCCAUUUAAUUGGAGGAUCAGGAGAAAAUGAGAAGAGUAGAUAUGACACUGCAACAGAGAGAACAAAUGAAAAUGACAAAGAUGAAGAUAUAUCCCAAAUCAUUGGGAAUGUAGAUGUUUCAGAUCAACAAAAUAAUGAAACAGUAAAUGGUAAAGGAGGGAAAGAAAUGAAGAAGACCAACAGAAAGGAACAAGGAAAAGGUUUGUCAACUGCCAAGUCUGUAACCAAAAGCAGAAGGACUAGGAGAGCAGCACAAUCCUCUGAUGAAAGUGAUAGCCAAGACUUUGCAACUCCAGCGCCUUCAGUACCGACAAGACCUUCAAGAAGAGCAAAAACGGCAGCACUGGAGAAAACAAAAAUGAAUCUCUCUCGAUUAUUGAACAAGGAAGAAGAUUAGUCCAAAAACGAUAUUUCAAAUACUCGUACUAUUACAUAGUUUCCAAGAAGCACUAUUGUGUGAUUUCUCAAUUCUCAGGUUUUGUGAGAUCAUAGUGUAAAACUGAGAUGCUACUACAUUUAGAAACAUAUUCUUUUUAGCUUUGUAGCUUACCAUGAUAAUAUUUCUUGGAAGGCAUGAACAUCUUUGUUAUGCUGAUGCAGAUGUGUAUCCUGAAGAUGCUACUUAUUUUAUACCUUGAGCAGCAAGUUAAAAUAAUAAUAGCAAUAGAUUCAGUAGCAAUGUUGUGCUUCUUGUGAAGUAUAUGCUUCAGUUGAUCUGGGAGCUAAGAAUGAUUACUGGAUAUGUUAGUGCAUGUUUAGGCUAUGGAUAAUGGUGCAUCCUAAUGUAUAUUUUUAAAAUAACGUUACUUAACUUUAAGAAAAAAAAUCUUUCCAUUGGAUACCCAUUAAAGCAAUAAAGGUAUAUUAAUCUGA